AAAGACGUGUUGAUAUACAGAAGACGGUUACAGUAUUACACGAGCUUAUGCGACUGCACGCACCCGGCUAGGUGGCAGUCCUCCAUAGGGGAAUGAUUUUUUCGCCACCGAAUUGACAGCUCCAGGCUUGUUCACCGCUCUCGGAUUCGCUUUCGGACUUGAUCAUUGCUGGCCAGGUGGCACUUGGUCUCGUGGUGGAAGCACAAGGCUGCAAACGGUGACGGUGAAGGAUCGUCCCCCUACCAGAAUCACUGGUCCCAGUUACAGGCAGUGAGUAGAAUGAAGGGGUUGUUCGGAUAAUAUUGUACCUGUACGACCGAAGAUGCGGAGUGGGGAUGAUCGGUAGGUGGAUAGGUGUGUACUAUGUAGUGCGGCGAAAGACGAGUUGUUCGCUGAAUGGUCAUGGAUACCAUCUCGGAGAAACUUCAUCAAGGCAUCAUCCUCAUAAACGCCCCUUCCAUUGACUCUCGAUGACUUUCCUACUCCUUCUUUCUCUUCCUCUGCUGUCCCUCGCAGUUCAAGUCAAAAACCUGGUCACCUUUGGAGACAGCUACACGGACAUUGUCCCCGUGCGUGAUAGGGGAGCAGCGUGGCCAGUCUAUGCAGCGGGGUACGCCAACCUCACGUUGUACCCGUUUGCACGCUCUGGAGCAACGUGCUCCAACAACUUGACGCCCCGACUGUUUCCGUCGAUAUUCGAAAGCCAACUUCCAUUGUAUUUCGCGGAAAAACACAAUGGCUCGAUCGAGGUGAACGCGGAGGAGACACUGUACACACUGUGGAUUGGGACUAAUGACGUGGGAGUGGGUUCAUUGGUGACAGGGAGCAAUGGCGCGCCGAUCGUGGAUGUAGCGGGGUGUAUGGUCAAUUGGGUGAAGGUGCUGUACGAGGACGGGGCAAGAAACUUUUUAGUCCAGAAUAUGGUGCUGCUGAACGAGGUGAUUCUGUAUGCGCCAGACUCGUACCCAAACUUGUACUUUAGCGGGGCGCGGAACACGUCGGAGUGGAGCGUGUUUAUGCGCGAGCUGGUGCUGAGUGGGAACACAUUGUCGCGAGCGAUGCUGCAGGCGUUGGUGCCCGACGUUCCGGGUGCUCAUAUCGGGAUCUUUGACUCGCACGGGCUGUUCCAGGAUAUGCAUGAUAACCCAGCAGCGUACUUGAACGGGACAGCGCCGCUGAAUGUGACAGAGGGAGGUGGGACUCCUGUCUGCACGACGGCGCAGGGGACGGAUAAGGACAGUUUCCUGUGGUACGAUGAGCUGCAUCCGAGUGAGCAGGCGAAUAGAAUCGUGGCGAGGGAGAUUGCCCAGGUCACCAGAGGGGAAGAGAAUAAAUGGACGACCUGGAUUGUAUGA